UGUUCGUCGGUUCCUAAAAGUAUUCGGUAAAAACAAUUUAUACUUCGUUAAAAGCUUUUCGGAAAUUUUUACAAUUAAACAGUGUUGCUACUUUUUAUUUGCACAUCACAACAGUGCUGCUUGAAUUGAAAGCGCGAGAGAAGUACAAACGAAUAAAGCGAGUAGAGGAAGCAAAACUGCCAAUAGCGAAGAAAUUGUGUAAAAAAUCGAAUUUUCUUUGUGAUUCGCUAACAUUUUUAUGGAAAAUCUGACAAAAUUUUUAAGUUAAAUUGUUAUUACAAUCAGUACGUGUAAAAACCGAAAAUAUUUGAAAUCAGAACGCAAAAUCGUGCAGAAAAGUUAGUGACGCGAAGCCGAGCAAUUGAAAUUUCAAUACGCAAACGAAAAACAAGCAGAAGCAAAAAAUUACUAUUUAGAAACUGGGGAAGGAGGCAACAGCGUAAGGUGGCACACAUGUUCGUAGUGUGAAGCAGAUAAAUUAAAUAAUAUUAAUACUAAAAAUAGAUGAGAGGCGCUUAUAAACAUCAGUAACGGAAGAUUGUUCAACUGAAGCAGUUGUUAAAUUUUUGCCAAAAACGUUGUGAAGAGAGCAAACUGAAUUUCUCUGCGAAAGCUAAUUAAUAUUGGGUGGAAAUAAAAAACAACGAACACAAUCAAAGCAUUGGCAUCAAUUAGCUCACAGUCUUCAUUUGACUUGGUUUUUUUUUGUUUUCUACGUGGUUGCAAAUUAUUUAAUAUAACAACAAUUGCGAUUGCAAAUUUGAAAUAUGAACGAAACAGCUGCAGCGACAACUUCGUCCACAACGCCCUCUGCAGCAGCGGUUGCAGAUAGUGCCAGUGCGGCAGCGACUACAAAAACUGCAUCCACAAUGAACUCAGCUGGAAGUGUUGCGUCAGCGUCUACUACUACAACAACAACAACAACAACUGCAAAAGCAACAAGUGUUAAAUUAUUAAUUAAAGCCUCAAACCAACAGUAUGAAGAUCAGAUCCUCGAUAUUGACUUGCUAUGGACGGUAAAGCGGUUAAAAACACAUUUGGAAAUGGUAUAUCCGAAUAAACCGCCGGCCGAUGAGCAGAAGCUGAUAUAUUCGGGUCAGCUGUUGAAUGAUAGCUUGCUGUUGAAGGAUGUUAUACGUAGCUACAAAGACGUUUAUACACAUAAUCACAUAAUACAUUUAGUGUGUACACCGAAAAACGCUUUAAAUACGAAUUUUAAACAGAAACCGAAAGUUGUCCCAUCCUCGUCCUCCGCCAACAUGAGUCACAGUGCUAAUACCGGCGAUGGUUUGCGCCAGCGUCACGUUGCUGGAACCGCUGCUACAAACGCUGCACCACAAAUCAGCUAUCAGCAACAGUACUAUCAACAAUACCAACAACAACAACAGCAAAACCUUUUGUUUCCACAAAUGAACCAACCAUUGCAAAAUCUACAGUGUCCCACAUACGAUCCCAACAACUCGCAAAACGUGUUGCCUUUCGCGAUCCCCGGGCAGUUCAAUAUUCAGGCAAUGGCUACGCACCAAGUCGCCAUGUACCACUGGAUGCAGCAAGUGUAUUCACAAUAUAUGGAACAGUAUACACGAAUGGCUAAUACCACCACACCGUCUGCUGGCAUCGCCAAUUUAGCUACGCAAAAUUUAGCCACAGCCACAGCAGCCAAUUUGCCCGCAGUCGGCGUUAGUCCAUUGGGCUUUAAUCCCUUUCUACAACAGAUGCCUUUCAUAGCGCCAAACACAGCGGCGGGUGCAGCUGCUGCAGCCGGCGCUAACAAUCCUGUGAUAUCAGCCGCGACCUUGCUGUCGCAACCGGCUCGCGUGCAGCCAUUGGCGCAAGCUGUGCCCGAAACGGACGGCAACACGGCGGCGCAGGCGGCUGUGGGCGAGCAACCCCAACAGGCGGCGGCACAACCGGAGCGGCAGCAAGCAGUUGCGCCACGCUUUCCCAAUAUCGUGCAGGAGGAGCAAGAGAAUCGUGACUGGUUGGACAGUUUCUUUGCGAUCACACGGCUCGCUAUCUUUUUGACAAUACUGUACUUUAACUCAUCUCCAUUACGCUGCCUGGUGGUUGUCAUUAUUGCUAGUAGUAUUUAUCUCUACCACAUUGGUCUGUUGCGCCCGCGUAACGAGCGUAACAACAACAAUAUCAAUCGCAACAAUAACGCGGCGGAUGCCGACCAAAUACGGCGCGGUGUACGACAAGUACAACAAGCUGCACAGGCCGACGAACGGCGCAAUCCGGACAAUGACGCUGUCGCCGGCGCCGAUGAAGCCGCAGUCGAUAGGCCACAAACUGCCGCCGAGGCAGCGGGCGCGGAAAGUACAGCGCCAGUGGCUGCAGAAGCCAUUGAAAAUAACGACAAUAAUGCCGCAUCUGUGAUUUCGGUUUUGCGCACUUUUGUGGUGACAUUCUUCACUUCGCUGCUGCCCGAACCGCCGACACUUUGAAGGGAGACGCAGAUUGCAAUGCUUUAGAUUGGGAUUUAAUAGGCAGUUUCCUAAAUGUAUAUUCAAAAUAUUUGUAUUAAUCUAACCAAUGUUUGUUUAUCUUCCGAUAACGUUAACACCACCGUCGUUUAUACAUAUAUGCGCCAAUACAAAUGUAUGGAAACCAUGUCCUUUAUAUUAAAUUCGAAAUGUAUGGGACGAGGCAUAUGGAAAUGCUAAUAUGCUUAAAUGCGUGUGUAAUGUAAUUAUUCACUGAUUCUAAAGAAAGCUGAAACUGUUUUUCUCUAUUUAUUAUUAUUAUUUUUGUUUUAAGCAUUUUAAUGUUAGUCUACUAUUGAAAACACCAGUUACAUGCCGCUAAUCACUGAUUUAAGCAUUGGUUGUUUAGUGUGUGUGAUUACUAUAGAUAUUCCAUUGGAGAACGAUUUUGUUUGCUAAAAUUUAUGUCGAAACUACUGAAAUUCGUAGCUUGUAACGUCGCCUCCUUAUUUAGCUGCACCAACACACACGACUAUCUAGAUACUGUUUUAGUACACUUUAACUGAUUUUUGCAAUUGUUGCGUCUGUUGGCGUUUAUUACUUUGUUUAUAGCUUUUAAGUAACAAAUAAACUUACAUAUACUUA